AUGAUUGAUGGAAAGAUUCACGGCACAGAUUGCUUCGAAGUAGAACUGGUAAGUGUUGAAAAGUUUUGCAAACUUUUCUAUAAAUAGUUCACAAAAUUACCGACGGGUCAGCGAGGCGCGAAGUCCUUGCUAUUCCAAAUGCGAAUGAGACAAACUUGUCACUUGCUCGUUUGCUUAUUUGCUCGUUAGAGCCCACUGCAGCUUUGGUGACAAUUCUUUCACUUUUUUCACAGUUUCUUCAGAGAAAUGAGUUUUCAAAGCUCUAUCAGGUUAAAAACAACGAAGAUGGGAGGAAGUACUCAAUGGAGGUGUCACCGCGGGAUGCAAAUUCUAGAGCGCCCGUCAGCCCCUAUGUUCAGUUAACCAAAACAACGCUCUCUUCAUUUUGGGUUAGUCUACGGUUUACGUUUCAAACUCGGUCGAAAUUUUAUUUUAUUCUUGACUUCGCCGGUGGCCAAACGCUAUCGCAAAAGUUGAAUAUUUGUGGUGGAAAAUUUUCUGAGCCUUUAGCGAGAUUUUAUGCUGCGGAGAUUGUGGUCGCCUUGGAGGAAUUACACAGCUUCCGCCUGGCUUAUAAAGAUUUAGAUUUAGAUGUGGUGUACUUGGAUUCUGAGGGUCAUAUAAAGCUUUGGCGCAGUUUUUGUGGAAAACUUUAUUGGGGACAAAGCGAAUGCGUUUGUUCGCUUGCUGGGUUUUGCCAUGGAGAUCCAUGCAAUAACAAUCAUAAUCUUACCAGCGAGUUUGAUUUUCAAGAAGAUUGGAAGGCUCUUGGAAGAGUGAUAAAUACAAUGUUAACGGGAGAUAACAAUUAUCGGACUUCCGAAAACCGGUAAGUAUAGAUAAUAUAUAUACGUAUCUCUUUCUCUUGGCAUGUCCUGCCAUUCGUGUGGUUAUGUUGUUAACACCUAAUUCACUGGUCACUAUUGACACUCUUACAUGUCUCUCGGGAACACUCUCAAGGGUUAGCAAAAUAUCGUUUCUAAAUCCCUCUCUUCCGUGAGCAAGAUCAGUUCUUUUUUUUCCCGCAAGAUUUAAAAUACCGGUUCCAUUUUGCUUCACCCUGUGAAUAACUUUCGAUUCGCUCGAAGACGUGAAAGCUCUCGAAUUGACAUUUUGACAGUAUGGACAAAAGUGACGAUUAGCAUUUUAAGCGCGCUGGUUUCCCAUGCUUUUAAUCACUUUUACCGUCUAUAAAUCGUCCUAUAUUUGACCAUUUUUUUUCAAUAUCUAACCUACUUCCGGUAGCUAUCUUCUCAUCUCCUAUACAUGUUACAACGGAAUGAAAAUUAUAAACGAAAAUUGUAAGUAAAGUAAUCUUUUGUUUAGGAAUUGUCUCUUAAGAUAUUAUGCUUACAUCGGGACAAAUGUAAAACAGUCUAAAGAAUUUGAUUGUCAUGUUCAUCACUAAGGUACUUUGGUGGCUGGUUUUCGGAUUUUGCAGAAAUCUGGUGGGAUACUGUCGUAAAAUUUUCGGCUAACAACAUAUUGGUAAGAGAGGCUAAAUACGAACCGCAAAACCUCGAUAACUCAGAUUAUAAUUUUAGGCGAAUGUUGUUGGUUUUCGGUCGUUAAAUGGGUUACUUAGUGGAGACUUUGCGUGUUUGUUGGACAACUCAUUGUUUUAAAACAUUUUGAUCAACAAGUGGAAACAUUUACAAAAGUUCUAUUUGAAAUCUGAGUUAUUUCAGUUGGUAAAUGCUCAUUCGAAAAAAAGAAGGAUUUAUAAAGAAACGAAAUAAAUGUAAACGUUCUUCGUUUAUCUCCCGUUAUAAAUGUUCACCGGAAUUACACGCGAAUACGAUUAGAGUUUUCUUACAAUAUUUUCCUCGUCCAUAAUUUAUAUUUUACCAGUGUCUGCUCUAAGAGCUUCUUUCAAGUAAGUAAAAACUUCACACCCACUAUAAAGAAACGAAAAAGGAGAAUCUUGCCGAGAGUGGCAGUGCAAGGUUAUCGAAUUUGAGUCUCUGAAUAUCAGUGGCACAAGACCGGUUUAAAUCGGAGAUCAUCAUUAUAUUCUAAGCGAUGUUCCAAUGAAAAAUUAUCAAUUGUUCUCCGAUUAGGAUCUGACCAUAACAAGGACGAACAAGUUUUAAAUACGAGCGUAAUAUUCUUUUGUUGUCAAAGGCUUUACGGUUUUUAGAAGUAAGUCACCAAAAGCCAUGUUGACAACUUUUCUUUGUGAAAGCGAUCAACGUCAAUUUUUUGUUUGAAUAACUAUCUGGGCCCUCUGAUCCUGUGUCACGUUCUGACCGUUAAGACUCCGUAAAAUUCGAUCAAUCACGGAUUUUUCUCUCCGUAUACAGGAAACUGUGGAGGACAACUAUAGUUAGGUUCAAUUUCUUGGAGAACAAUGUGUUUAAAUUGGCGUGGUUGUACGUGACGUCGAAUUUUAAAAAAGCUGACAAUGGUUUUUUCGUCAUCGAAUGCUGAGUUACGUGAAGUGUCUUGAACAAUACGAAAGCUUUUUUGAUAUUGUUUGUCAGAUUUGUUGUACAGAUUUGACGUAAAUUCGUGCGUGCUGUAAGUUUUCGAGUGGAAAACACGAAUUCAUUAUGUUCGGUGUACAGUAAUGUUAAUAUUUAAACAAUAGGUUUCUUGCGUAAGCGAAAAGACCCUAUUUGAGUUUCAUCUAAAAUCUCAUCGGUGAUCUGCCUACUUUUCUUUUUAUUCCUGCUACUCUUUUACAAAACUUUUUCGAGAAUUUUUUUGUAGAUCAUGGGAACCUAUGCCGUGAUGCUUGAGCGCGUGGCGCGUGUGUCUGUGCCGCGCGAACUCGCUGAUUUCUCUUUGACUUGCGCAACAGAUUACGCCACGAAAGAGUUGUUGUCUUAAUCUUGUCUUCGAUUAUCUGGGAGCGUUUGGAUGUGGUUACAGAAACACUCAUUAGGAAACGUUCAAAGCACCACCAAAAUGACAAUUCAGUAAAACUAACUUUCACUUUAAAAACCCUCAAAGUGUACUUAGCUCGCCCAUAGAAUGCUGACAGUCGCACGCACAAUAAUUGUAUGCGUCACUUGCCGCCGAGUUUGCAAAUUUCAUAAAGAGGCCUAGUGCGCGUGCUAGUCGCGUGUGUCUCGCCAGUUUUCGACAUCAUCGUAUUCUUAAUUACUAUAGUCUGGUGUUUGGUUUCCUUAGAUUUUUAAACAGAGAGUAGAAGUAGAUCGCGCUAAGAGAGCGGACCCCGAAUAGGUCUCAUUUUUUCGGUAAUCCCUCCGAGUCAUUGCUAUUUUCACCCUAGUUUAAGGAGAUUCCAAAGGAUUUAGAGAUAACAAGGACUUUGUCAUGAGUUUUUCUUACGUGAUUAUCUUAAUCGUAGCAGUGCAAGACAGACGUCGUUUAUUUUACAUUUGUUUAGCUUGCGGAGGAAAGUACGAGACGAACGUGAGCAAAGCGCAAGGAGUCAGUAACGCACGAGGGGAAGAACGCGGAAAAAAAAUGACACAAGUGUUAUGUUAUUCAUGCUACUCUUCUUGUGUUUGUCCCGUCUCUCGCGCUUUUCUCGCGCUCCUCUCGAGUUUGCCUCACUCUUUCCCCGCACUCGCCUCGCGCUGUAACCGUUUGUCUGAAAAAUAUAGAGUGAUUGACACUUGUUCCCCAGGCAACCCAUGGCAUUUCUAUUCUCUUUCUAACAAAACAUUAAAUCAAAACCCGAAGUUGACGAGUGAAGUACAUUUUACGUUAAUUUUCACACUAUAUCUUUGAAACCAGGCAACCUUCUCUGUUAUUUUGUACUAACACUUUUACAACUUUCUGCUCUCCAGUGCCCUCUCGGUCGCUGCCAGUGAUUUAAUCGUUAGACUGACGCGAGGUGAUAUCUCUCGAGCUGACCAGAUUCAGUCCCACCCGUUUUUCAAAGGAGUCAAUUGGCACGAGGUAUGGUAUAACUAUACAUACAGAACAUCCCGGUUUUAUGACAGUUUGUGCUUGAGAAAGUAGCAAAUAAGAUGUUCAAAUGCAGAUUUUCUUUCGGUUUUUAGCUGAUUUGAACUUUCAUAACAAAGAGCGCAUUUGCUCUAUUUGAAGAAUUUUGAAUUUCAUUUUCAGUUGGGUGAAUGAUCUAGAGGCGAAUGAAAACGUGUGUGAAAUUGAGCUGUAAGCGAUUGGGUCUUCGUAAAGUUCUUUGAGAUUUCCGAAAUCAAGAGUAAAUUUUUGGAGUAGGUCCUAUUUGCAGCACUCGGUGUUACGGCUUAGUUCUCUUUAGCUAGAGCCAAUGAAGACGAACCCUCCAUUUAGUUCAAUGCAAAAUUAAGCACAGUAUGAGGCAAAUAAAUCGCAGCUAACAAAACACAUCGUAAAAUUUACAUAUUAUGAUUGCCCCGCUGAUACGAACGUCUUUGUGUCGAAGCCAUUCCAAGGUCAGUAAAAUUACAGCCGAGUCAGCUGGAGGGAGCGUUUGAAACUUUCAAAUUAAAAGAUUUAUCAUUGCUAAUUUGACCAACUUUCAACUUCUCCGGAGGUAAUUCGAAGUACAGUGCCUCUCACUUUUUGUUAUCAAUGAAUACCAAAGGGCUUUUUAUAUUUCUUAAUGUUUUAUGAAUUGCCUCAUUACCGCUGCAGAUGUUCUAUUCAAACCAACCAAAAUGCAAUCUCUCAGAAGUUUUAUGUACUAACCACAGGUGGUAUCGGACUCCAAGCAAACAUCUUAAUGUUAAAUAUUGGAACUGAAUUUCACAAAAUAUAAACAGUACAUUCACUGAACAAUUGCAGCUUAAACCGUAAAAAAAAAAAAAAAAUGUUUCCUUGGUAACCUCGCUCUCAGCAUUUGAAGGGAUAGCUUAACGAAACGUAACGAGAUAUCCAAAGAUAUCACGGCUUUGGAAAAUUGAAAUUCAUCGGAGGAUUUCUGCUAUCGACCAUGAACGGAUCAGAGCUCACAGGAGGGUGGGAAUGAAAAACCACGAUAUCUAGAGGCAAAAGGCUCUCUAGGACGUUUUGCACAUCGAAGCUUGAAAUUAGCGUCCUAGGUGAAGAGAAAGUUUAACUGUGAUGUUCUACUUUGAAGCAAAAAUCUCUUAAGUUGGCUUAAAUGAAUUAGCUGAAAAAUUAUUGAGAGGGUAUAAGUAUGGCCAAAAAUUUUGGGAAAGAUACGACAUGUAUAGUACUGUACUGCUUUUCCUUUGGUCGUCUGAAUGAAUGUUUAGUUCCUCGGUUUUCAGAAAUUGUUUUAUUCGAAUGCAGAGAUUUAAAGAUCCGAAACUAUGGCAGUAUGUUUUCUUCAGUUGAUGAUCUCAAAUUACUUUCAGGCAAGAAUGAGGAAAGCUCGACCACCCAUGACCACGGACAAGGGAUCCAACUCCUUUCCAGUUCAAACAAAUUCUUCCGCUGGCUAUUCACCAACUAAGACUAAUAUAACUAAUUCAUCUUCUUCAUUCUAUCGGCCCUACAGUUUUUCGCAUCAUAGUGACCCGGGCGAUACUAGCCACCUCAAGAACGCCCCUGACUUUUUGGUGCCUGAGCCCAGUCUCCGCAGUGGUUUUUCAACCCCUGAUCUUCGAUCGGUCAGUCAAGAAACCCCGUUCUUGCGACAUCAUACGUCAUUACCGCCAAGAGACAUGUACUAUCACUAUGGAAACCCUAGUUAUCCAAGCACAACACCACGUGAUUUUUAUACAAGCCCCGUGCGAAGGAGGUUAGCUUCGCGCUCUUUGAGUGAUCUUUCUGCUUUAAACGGAAAUGACGAUGUAUUUACUCCAAACUCCCCGACGGCCCUUGAUAGGACGUUCGUCUAUCCAAAUUAUGAACCUGCCCCGCAAUAUACAAGAACACUUAAUGCACGGCCUGGAAACCAUUCAGGAGUUUUCAGUGGCGAUUAUGCUUUGCGUUCGACAGGUAGUUUUCCUGAUUUAAGGGGUAACGUCGGUCCUUUCACCUCAUACCAAUACACAUCCCACAAUGAAAGAUCCUCACCCACCCCCUCUAUGUACAGUGAUUACAGUUCAUGCACGGAGUCUCUCCUCCGUGGUACAUUUAUACCACCGCAUCAAACCGUGCGUUCCCCUUACAGCAUCAUUGGUGUGUCGUCGGUGGAUAACAGUAGCGCGAUGGGCCUACGAAGAUGGGAACGCAGUUCGAGUCGAGAAUCGGAAAAUCGUCGUGGGAUUUCGGAACCCGAAAACAGCCUUCAUGGUAAUCCAAAUUCACUUCAUUCUGAGCGGAGUGUAAUCGAUAAUUCGUCGUCUCCGGUAAAAAAUCCUACAAACAAUUCGUCUACUCAACAAAGUCCAACACAAAGUUCGGAUUUCACGAAGAACAACGACUCUGAUCGAACGUCUACGAAUACCACCCGUGAGCGCUCGUCGACGUUGAGUCGUACUCUUUCGUUAUCUGAUAUAGACGAAGGUACCAAACAUACGACUCCGAAAGUAGCUCGGGAAAUUAGGCGAGAUAGUUUGCCAAUAGCUGUCAGUAAUGCAAGAGAAAAGUACCCUCUAGCGAGAGUUCCUAUACCAUCAUUUCGGGAAUUUAAACAGAGGAAUUUACUUGAAGAGGCUAAAAAUAAACCAUUGAUUGAAAAGAAAGAUGUAAAUGAAAAGGAAUCACACGGAUCAUCGAGGGCAGAUCCUAAAACCGAAUCUAAAAACAAGAUGGAGAUGCGGGGAAAAUUGAAGGAAAGACUGUCUUCAUUGUACGAAAGCUCAAAAGACAUCUCGGCUCAGAAUUCGACAAGAAAGCUUAGUACCUCCUACAAGUUGAAUUCUUCGAGAGAUGUAACACAAGAAAAACCUGUUGUCAAAUCGAGUGUAUUAACAGAAACGAAAGGCAGUAAUACAAAGGAUGUUAAAGAAUUGGGCAGCUCACGAAAGAUUUCAAAGGGCCGUCGCGAAAGCCCGUUUUCAAAGAACGAAGUUAUUCAUAACCUAAUGUUGAAGUACGGCUUGUACGAAAAAGGCGGACACAAGAGAGCAAGUAGUUCGAGAGCGGACGUAAAGGAUAUUGUGUCAUCGACGGAUGAAGUCAAUUCUCGCGAGAAGGAAAGAAACAAUAAAAAUUUGAAACAUAUUUCAUUGGCUACAAAUCCUGAAAAUUUUUCAGUAGGGGGAGAAAGAAGAACGCGGAAUUCUUCGCAUUUGUAUGAGUCUACUCCUAAAGGGAGCUCCGUUUCUGAUCGAAAAGCUCCCACAGCUGCAACAUUUGAAUCGAAAAAGUCCGCCGCGGAGCGGUUCAGAGAGUUGCGAAGAAAGCAUGGUAUGCAAAAUGAUUCUGAAGAUUCUCGAACAGCAGAAAGAGUGGCAUUAACAGGCAGAGGAAAGACAUCGGAGAUGAAUACAACACAAACUGUGUCAAUAACCGAAAAUGGAAAAAAGAUUCUGAAGCGAGAAAUGAAUGAUUCUGGGUUUUUAGAUCAAAAGAACUCAAGUGAAAUUCGAGGAAGUGAUCACAAUUCUACGGGAGCAGGCCCAAGAAUGGCAAAUUCAAAUGUUGUAGAAGGCAGUAUGACAGUAUUUGAGAAGACUGAGAGGCGAAAUGUCGACUCGACUGAGACAUCCAGUCAAAGGAAAAGCUCUAUUGGUCUCCGAGGUACCUCCAGAGCAGUUCUUUGUGCGACAAAAUUUAAGAGAGUUACUAACAAAGGCUUGAAAACAUCGAAAGAUUCGCCCUUGCCGGAUAAGAAAAAGCUGGGAGACAUUAUCACCACAAGUGAUUCAGCAACCAAAGUUAUGGCCGAUAAAAUGCAAAACGGAAACGCUAUGGAAAGUAAGCGAGGUGAAUCAUUGGGGAAACGAUCACCGAAUACCCGACAGCGAGAUUUCCGAGCGAACGGAAAACUUCGGAAAGGCGGUAUUCACACGAGCAUGCUCAGUGUGGCAAGCAACGCGUGCUUGACCGAUUCUGAGAUUGAUGACACAGUUAGCUUGUACAGUGAAAUGGACUCGCUUGACAGCGAGCGAGAAACGAGAGGACGUAGGUGGGAGAGUUUCCAUAGUAACAUCAGUGCUGACAGCGGCUCCCCCCACAUGUUCGAAUUUGAGACGGACUCCAAUGCAACUGAGUUUGAGGAGGAGAUGUUUGAUGACCAUGGCUCUGAAGGUGAGCCGUUGUGUAAACAUAAUGAAAUGUUCAUUUGGUUGUAUUGAUGUAUUAUCGAUUCAUUACAACUGUAUUCGCCACGUCGGAUAACCGCACGCCUUCUUUAAACAAUAUCAAGUAUGGCGGAGACCAUGUUCUUUUUAGGAAAUUAAAUUUAGUUUCUUAAGUCUUGACCUUCUUUUAUCUUUUCAGAUGAGCAUCCCAAGAGCGAGGCCGAAGUGGAGCGCACUGACAGUGGUGUCGGAGGUGACAUGGGACAAAGUCCUUUGAGGCGCUCUUGGGAAGAAAUUGUAAUGAAGAGCUCGGAGCAUUGGUCCGUUGUGGCGGCCUCCGCUCGGCACUGGCAAGAAUUGGCCCGCAGGAGAAAAGCAAAUGAGGGCGAAACGACCUCUGCAAGGAAACGAAGUUCUGUGCAUUCUAUAACUGAAGACAUGGUAUUGAUCCUUUUAACUAGGAAUAGAUUAACCCUCUCAUUUUCAUUAGAGACCAAUGGUUAAUAUCAACAUAUUUUCAACCAUAAAAGCGAGGAGAAAAAGGAACAUUUUUAUUAUCCUUUCGUUGUUUUCAACGUUUCUAGAUCGAAUGCCCAGAUUGUUUGAAGCACUAUGUUCCAUCAAUAAAUAGCGAAGAACAAAAAGACAGAAGUAAAGAACCGGAGAUUUGUCCCAAGUGCAUAGACAGAAAAGUGGAGAGGAAAGAGGCCAUUAUUGAACUGGUACAAACCGAAAUCAACUAUGGAAAUGAUCUUCAGAUCCUGAAAGAGGUAAGUAACUAUGCAUACAAUUAGCAGGUCGCAGCGCGCCUGGUGUUACAGCAUAUAAAAUCAGUUUGCCAGCUAAUAAUGUGAAAAAAAAAAAUUGCGUCUGUUGUUUUGGUUAAUAUUAGUUUAGACCACGAUAAAUCUAUAAGAACUCAGAAUAUUUAAGCACGAAAGCAUUUGGCGCGAAGUGCGUAAAUACAGCCUUAAUAGAUUUAGGAUUUGCUUUGAGUACGAAUGUAAUUGGCUGGGAAGUAGUGGGAAUUAUAUGACAAACUCAGUUGGGCAGAGUCAUUCGGAUUGCAGGCUCACGAAAUUCAGCUUAAUGCUGUUACAUAUGCAAAUCUCUUUUCCAAAGAGGUUGCCGCUGAGCAGACGGGUUUUAAUCGUAAACCCAUUUGAGUGGUCAUCCUUGGCUGAGUCGAUUUCAAACUCGCUUUCGUUAAACAUCUUAGAGGUGUUUAUUCCGAAAUUGUUUUUGCUCCAGUUCUCCCAGAAAAGUGGGUACUAAGUUAGUUGUAAUUUAGUCAAAAAACCACCAGAAAAGCUAAAUUUAAAAAGAACAUUACUUCACACAUCCUCUUACUAACAAAUCGAGUCCGGUUUAAAUGUUCUCAUUUAAUCAUAAGCCACUGCUCAUAAAUUCAGAUGAAUGUCUAUUUCCUACGAUAAGAGUUUAAAAAAAAUCAAAGUAGCCUACAGGGUUCCAUUGGACUGAAACCUUAGUUUGCCUGGCUUUCAGUCAACUUAUAUUUAAUGGCUUCGACUGUCGAUCGAUAUGCUCCUUCGUAUUGAAGAUAUGAAGGUAGAAUCGUAUUCGAUUUUCCAUCUUGGUCGACACGCCGAUUUUGUGAUCUUGAUACAACUUGUCUUUCAAAAUCUCGUCCAAGUUUGGUCUUCUACGAACUUGGUGGACAGGAUACCGUGGAACUUGAUCAACUCCUGCAGAGUUUCUAUCGCGAACACAUUGCUGACUUGAGGCACCAGCUCUUCAAAGUGGUCCCUCUGUCGCAUGAUCAACGCCUUGGUUCUCCUCUCGAUUUUUUACGAAGCCAAUCACGGCCAUUAGAUCUGCGGUAUACAGCAGCCCGAAAAGGUUGGUAUCGUUCUGUUGGUCAAUCAUCUUAAACCUGGACGUGUCAUCUGGCAAUGAGUCACGCGGGAGGGUAGCUGGAGGCUACAUCUCGCCUUCGUACUCAAUAUUUAGGGCCAGAAAUCGGGUACACUUUCUGUAUGUAUGUACAAGAUACCCAUCUCUUUGGGACCAAGGAACCACUUGUGACUCCCUUCACUGUAGCUGUCAUUGUCGACAAUGUGAAUUGGCCAUCGCAAAGAGAUUGUGGCACCCCCACAGACUUGUUAAUCGCGGAGAGUGUAAGUGUCAACUUGGUCUAUCAUGAGCGUUUGUGGCUUUAGCGGCCGAAUCAGCAGACCGGGUCGGAAAUGGAUCUAAAGUUUCUUUGUUUUCGUUUCCUGUGUUUAUAUUUUUUAUUUUUUUGUAAAUGAGUAUUGUUCAUUGUAUUCAAGCACUAACUAUAUGAAUUGUACGCAUCCUUGUGAAAAUACUGUUCCAAACACUCACAGAGUGGCACACUUUCUGUGAAAGGUACCUCAGUUUAGAGAAGAUUCUCAGUUGAAAAAAUUGCGAAGCAUCCAAAAGAAAAAUUUACGUGAGGACUUUCCAUUCGACCAUAACGAACGGAACGAUAUUUUCGAACUGAUCGCACUAAUCUGGUUGCAUCUUGUUCUUCAUUAACAAAAGAAGAUUGAGAUCCUCCCUAUUUUAAAGCGUUGCCUUAAAACUGACUUCAGAAAAUGAUGUUGACGCUGCUUGUGCGUCCUCCACAGCAACUUUAAAACGGCGAAACAGCAGCUUUAUGUGAUAUUCAGAUCGCACGUGUAGCGAGAAUAAUUUUGCGAGCUUUUUUCAUGUGCACACGGAGGGGUCAAAUCACUCAACUUUGUUUUUGACUCAUUGAUGGGAGGAGCGAAAUUUUCUGAGCUUUUGUUUCUCUUCUCAAGCCCACUUUGAAAAACCAUUAAGACUCCCGCCCCCGCUAUGAAAUAUGUAAAUUAUCUUAUACAGAAAGGAACAACGCAUUGUUACUGAGUUUAUUGAUAAACAGCUGUUGUAGUACAAGUCAAAUGGUAAUUUUACUGAAGUAUCAGUUCAAAACUAAUGAGUACUACUGAAAACGAAUUCGGAGUUCGUGCACGUUUACUUUCAUUAACACGUUAGGUCCGGUUUUAAAAAAAAGACUGUUAUCACUAGCUAUAGUUCGUAAAAUGGAUCAUCUCUUCUUGAAAGUGAUGAUAAAAAACGUCAAAGUACCUGCUGAAGUACUUUUAAACUAAGCCUUACUUCUCUAGGACUUUACUCAGCUCAUACCGAACAGCUUCGACUGCCCGGUCGAUGUGCUCCUCCGUGUUGUAAAUAUGCGGGGAGAACCUCAUUCGAUUUCCUUUCUUGGUUGACACCCCGAUGUUGUGAUCUUCAUACAACGCGUCGUACAACAUUUCGCUCAAUUGUGGCUCUGCUUCUUCUUGAUUCUUUCCUUUAUGUUUGCGCCUGUGUCCUUUUCCAGUUCCGCGAUCGUCUUGAAACUUGAUGGUCAGGAUACCGUGGUACUGGCUCAAUUCCGGCGGAGUUUCUAUCACGAACACAUUGUCGAGUUCGCGCGCCACCUUGUCCAAGCCGUCCCUCAGCCGCGUGGUCAACGCCUUGAUUCUCUCCUCGAUUCUGUCGAAGCCGAUCAAGUCCAUCAGAUCCGCAGUAUACAGCAGCCCAAUAAGGUUGGUAUCGUUCCGUUGGCCAACCAUCUCAAACCUGGAUGCAUCAUGUGGUAGUGAGUCAUCCGGGAGGGUGGGUGGAGGCUUCAUCUCGCCAUUGUACCCAAUAUCUUUGGGCCAGAAAUUUGGCACACUUUCUUCCUUCAUGUACAAAAUACCCGUCUCUUUGGGACCAAGGAACCACUUGUGACUCCCUCCGCUGUAGCUGUCACAGUUGAUUUCUUUGAGGUCGUGCUUGAAUGCUCCCCAGCUUUGAGCGCCAUCCAAAUGAACAUGAACUUUCCUGUUCUUCUUGUGGAUUUUUUCGAUCAGAAGUUUGGCUGGUAGGCGCAUGCCGCUCAAGUGAGACACCUGAAUUUUCAAUGAAAAAGGAAUUAGUUUUUAUUGUUCACUCUGUACUCUCCGAGACUGAUUUCGCAAAGUUAAUCAAGUGGAUUAGAAGAUGCAUUCAAUUACGAAGUAUCUCUUAGAGACGGACAAAGAAAAAUAUUUGAUUGUAAGUCUGGCUUCCUUAUGUACAAUAAGACGGAAAGCACUCGUAACCGAUAAGGAAAAAGCUAUGAAUCCUGAAGCUUUUAUUGUCCAAGGCACAUCUCUUGGCUAUAACCUGAUUGUAUUAAGACUCUUCAAGAAAGCGAAAACAAUAGAAUCUACUAUCCUUUUUGCCAAAAAGAAUACCUCAAAUUAGAUCAAAGUAUGAUGUUUCUCGCGCACAGUUUAACAUAAUUAUUAGAGUUGUUAAAUUACGUUAAAAGAGGUUUUGCAUUCCUGCGGUUGGUUGACAUGUUUACUAUUCGAUCACAUUGAUUGAGUAAGUUUUUUAUCCCCGAAACCUUACACUUUAAAUGAGGCCCUUUCCGAUCUGUGAGUCACUCAGGUGGCUUAAGGUGUAUGUCACCUAAGCAAAUGUUCAUUUUAUUUUUUCCCUUGUCUCGGUGAGGUUUAAUCAAAUUAUAAAACAAGUAUCUGGCUCAGAGAGCCUGAAGUUAGGAAGGGAAGAAAGAUAUUGAAGCAUUGGUUCAAUUUGAAUGGACACGACUUGGAAUACAUUACUAUCUGCAUAUUCAUGAUCUGAUUUUGCAAAGUGCAUUAGUGUCAGCAGCAGUGAUAUUGAAAGGCAAAUGAUUGCAGAAUGUGCAAUGGAUUUAUCACUAUUGUUUUUCAUACUAACAGAGCUUUAUUUUGUAAAAAAAUUUUAAUUAAUUUUCUCAAAUUCAUUGGCUGGUCGUGGCGAAAGUUAAAGUUCAGCGCGUUCAAUAUUGUUUGCUCGGGCGAUUCUAAGCUGUUUGAACAAAACAAUAAAUGCCUAUAACUCGUUACCAAACUGUCGGAUUGUAAACAAAGAAAAAGCAAACAUUUGCACGAAAGCGCUUAUUAUUAGACAACCUUUUCAGAGAUUUUAUUUUUCUAACAUGGUCUUCGGGUAACAAACUGAAGCUUUCGUUUUCGUGGUGUAAAGCAACUUACGAAUGCACUAUUUUUUAGCAGACAAGCUUUAUGUUUUAUGAAAAUGUUAAUCCCCUGACAAUCUUUUGAAAGGCAGACAGACGUUAAAAAAAAGGAUAUUAAUGGUCUCGGAUAGAAAUUAUUUAAAGAGAUUGAGAACCAAAUGGCCACCAAAAACUACAAGUGACUAAAUCGGUAGGUUUUAUCUGUAAAUUACAUAUAAAACCUAGCUGGUCAAGUCUAUUGAUCACAAGCACCUAUUAAUUCUCCUUGGUAAAAGAGAGUCUAUGAGAGUAAAUAAACUAGCCAGAGAACACAACACAAUGACUUGGGAUUAAUACAUCUACAACUGUUUAACAGUUUAGAGGGAAAGGGUUGUAAGACAUACCUCGCUGAACGCCACAAUACGAGUGCUUUUGUUCACUUUGGAUACGAACUUUUGAAUAAUCUUUUCCUCAUUUGUCUCCCCACUUAAGUCGACUAUGACAAUGUUGAUGUUAGGGAAGCGUGCUUUGCGAAUCUUCCACGCUACAUCACCAUUUGUUGGAUGAUUCUCGUUCCAUACCACGACCUCAUCGCCGGGUUCAAAAUCCAUUCCGUUGUUGAUGACAGCGUUAGGGUCGGAACCAUUCCUCAUGAAUGCGAUGAGUUUUGGCUCCACAUUUAACUGCUUGGCUACGAGGGCUCUCGCCGCUUGGAUGGUAUACACAAAAGGCUGGAUCCUCUUCUGGAUGGAAAUAUCUCGGUUCCAAUCCAACGCCAUGGCGUUCAUGAGACGUUGAACUGCAUCGAAGGUGAUGGAAAGGUUGGCUGCGUUAAUUGGAACUGUGUCAGCGUAGUCGUCGAAAUUGAACAUGCUUCGCACAAACUUCCAAAGCUCGUCUUCAUCUUGGCAAGUAACAAUACAGUUGACAAUCUCAUCGUAAGUUUUCUGGAAGGCAAUAAAGGUCUCCCGGGAGAUGAGCCCGUGAGAGCGGUACAAAAAGGCCACCUUGAAGGUGGGACGAUCUUGUGGAGCGAUGGUCUUGAAUCUGCUCAUGGUUGCACAGCUGUCUUGAGGUUGCGACGAUUAAGGGUGUGUAGCCGAACUAAAACCGUGUGUACGUGAUCUAUAAAUGUAUACAAGCCCAAGCGGUCACAGCUGCCUGGGUUAAUCAAUCAAAAUCUUUGUUUCCCUGCACAGAGUGGAUUGACUAAUCUCAUGUUACGACUAUAUUUGGUCAUGGAUGAUUGACACCAGGUUCGUUGGCCUGACAAUAGGGACCUUAAGCAAACCACGACGGCGACGGCAACGAGGACAUGGAAAAACAGAAGAUCCAACUGGCAGAACAAUAGCUCAGCACGUGCGUUUUAAAACUCUGUACAUUUCUUAGCCGUCUUAUGCAAAGCAACAACGUGAAAUCACCACAAUCUGCGUCGUCUGCGAACUGAAACCGCGACGGCAAAUUAUUUUAAUUUCCAUUUGGAACUCAAUGUUUCUUUUAUACGUUAUGCUGAAGUUGAGGUGUGGCGCCGUAUGAGACAGUAAUGUUGGAUGCGUGGUACCGUAGGCACGCAUUUUUAUCGCAGUCUUUGUUUCUUAUUAUAACGGUCCACGCCACGGUACACACCAUCAUAGACGAAAUUUCGUUAGGAAUUUGUCACUUCAGCAUGUUGCGUACUCUGAAUUGAAGAGACCUUGAAUGACCUUCACAACGGUAAUUUAUGCGGUGUUCAGGUGACUUUUAUAGCAACGGGUCACGUGAUAGACUCUGUGUCAGAGUGUACAUGAAUUAGCCAAUCCAAGGACUCAAGAAAGAACUGUAAAUAACAGAGCUGCCAAUUGUCACGCUCUAAUGUCAAGUAUCGUUUAAAAGUUAUGCUCGUCAGAAUUCCAAGGUUUUUAUCCAGGGAAUUGCUUGAAACAGUUGCAGAGAAAACUUGCAAAAUUAAAUGUAAAGUCCAGUUCUGAUAACUCGAACGCUUGCUCAUGGGAUUCCGUGAUUCAUGUAUACAGUAGAACGCCCCCAACUCGAACUCCUAAGGGAAACGAACAAUAGUCUGUGCCAGCGGGGUUUGAGCCAACGAGUUGGUGUUGAAUUUCAAUUAUCCUGUAAUAACAAGGAAUCAUUUUUUUUACUAUUCUUGCAUAAUCAAUAAUCAUUUUGGAGCUUUUUGAUAGGAGUGUUUAGCUUGGGAAAUUUAGCCGAAUGUAUGACAGAAAAACAGCAGCUGGGAUCGAGCUCUGUAGUUGAAGACAUUAUUUUUUUACAUAGAUAAAGUAAACAAAUGGCUUUGUGGUUCUAAAUGCAUGUACACGGAAUAACUUUUCCAGAAUACAGCACUGUCCUUGUUCAUUGAACGUUUAACUCCUGUACAUAGAGCCGUACUAGUAACUAAAGGUGCGAGUUCAAAACGGGUUAAGCUCAAACAAAGAAAAAACUAUUUCAGUUUGCGUACCAAGAUGAUCAAGUAUUUACACUGGAGUUUUUCACCUUAAUAAUCUGGAGUUUCAGCUUUGAAAUUGGACGACCUAACAACAGUUGAAACUCCUUCUGCUGUAAAUAUCCAGUUUAAAAGCUCAAGGGAUCGCUAACUUUCACUCCCUCCCCCUUUCAAGAUUCAUUUUGACAUUCAUGUAUAGUUCUAGUCCGAGAAUGUUUGUGUCGGAUUGGCUGUCAGUCAAAGAACUGAACCAAAGGGGAUGAAUUAACUUACCCCAUUUAUGCCUGUGCUUACACUAACCAUGCGGCGUGUCAUUUCAUCGGUUCACGGUACAUCUUGCAGUAGUUGGAACCGAGGGUUUUUAAAGUAAAAUUUCAAAAACAACUUAAUAGUUUAAAAUUUCUCUCGUAUGGAACAAAUUGAUGUAUAAUUUGUGGAAAAAUCAUGCAAUUCCAGUAUUACGUGUUAGUCAACAAAGUGUACCUGAAAUCUACCGAUGCGGUAUUCUCCCAAGUCAAGAUCACCCAAACAUAGUAAAUAACAAAAAAUAUCUAUUGAUAAGGAAUUUUAAAAUGCGUGAGCAUUCAAAAUGGCAUUUUUCGGUCUCUCUUCUCAGGAGUUCUACUUGCCGAUGCAGUCUGGAGGGAUUUUAAGUCCAGAAAAUUUGGCUGCGAUAUUUCUCAAUUUGCAGGUAACUGAAAUAACGAGUUGAUGUAAGCAAGGUUGUUCUUAAUUGAAAUAAUAUCUUAAGUGUUAGGGAACCACUUAAGAAAAUCCACAACCAUCCAUACACGUAAAGGUUUUCAGUUGAGAACGCCAAUAUUGCAUGAUUUUGCCUUCCUGAUACAUUGACCUACACUCCCAGAGACAUUUUUUGGGUUGCUUACAACCACCCCUGCCUGUCUAAUGUUGGUCUGCAAGAUGGUUAUGCAAAAAUUGGUUAUAAACAAAAUGAUAAGAGAGAGAGAGGGGGGGGAGGGGGGAGAAAGAAAAUCACAAAAGUUUCUCUGGAGAAGUGUCCCAACUAAUUAUGAAAUAUAAAGAUUAAUUAUCAGAUUUUUUCUCACAAACACACGCAAAACACAAAAGAACUAAAUACAGUUUUAACAAACAAAUUUGACAUCAAAUGUUUAUUUUGUCACCAGGAAUUGCUGGAGGUGAAUUCAAAGUUUUGCGCAAAGCUGCAGAAAAGUUUGGAAGAAUCUGUUGCAAAUGGCGAUGAGGUAAUGAACGAGCGUAAGGCUGACGCUUAACUGUUCUUAUAUCGUUCAGGUUCUUAAACCCUACAACCCCUUGAGAGUGAUCAGAAUCUAAUUCCUCCUUACAAUAUCGCCCCUGAAUCGCGCAUGAAGGCUAUGAGAGUAGAAGGAAAUGAUCAGCAAGUAAAGACGCCCUUGAUUGUUUAACAAAUUCUUCCUUGUCAAAGGUAUAGAGAUCAGUAUGGAGAAUAUGCAUACUGAUGUUAAGGUGUAAUCAUAGCGUGUCAACAUAGAGGAGCUCCCAAAAUAAACUGCAUUACCAUUGUCUUCUUGACUUAUUUUUGCUGCCUUUCAUAACUUGCCAUUUCAAUUUUGGAAUUCAAAAGAAACCAGCGACAAUAGCUACUUGGUAAAAGCACAUUUUUUUCGAGGGGGAGGGGGAGAAGGGGAUGGGAAGGGGGAGGGCAGGUAACAGCACGAAUCUGAAAUAUAUUGAAAGGCUAAAUUUUGUUUUUUAUCACAUAUUUCAGUAAUCUUUGUAAGUGACUUCUGUUUUUGUUUCAUCUAGGAAUUUUCUAACGUCAACGUUGGAAGCAUUUUCUUGGAGAACGUAGAUUUCUUUCAAGCCUACGAAAUUUACUGUUCAAAACAGGUAGAGUGUCCUCGUGUAUCCAACGUUUUAUUAACAAGACAAAGAUAUAAAUUCUGCGUUUUUAAAAGUCAUUUCAUUCUGGUUCUGAUAUUUCUCUCUUUUAUUAGACCGCCGCCUCUGCGUUGCUUGAAUCUCUUCAGAAGAAAACGGAGCUGCUAAGAAUAUUCCUGAAUGUGAGUGGUAACUUGACCUUCAUAAAGUAAAAUUACAAAAUUUGAGAAGUACUUAAGUUUUAUUAUUUUUUAAAGUAGUUAGCCCGAAAAUCAAUCAGUCUUCCAUUUUUCUCGUGAGAUUUAAUCAUUUUACUUGCUUAUUGUUUAUUUUAAGGUAACAUGUCGUGAAAAUCCAAAGUGUCGCAAAAUGGACUUGAACUCAUUUAUCCUCGCUCCGGUACAACGAAUCAUGAAGUAAGUUCAAAGUCGAUUAGCUGGCAAGUCAAUCAGGCAGACGGUUAAUUUUGUCUAUAUUUGGGUCAGUCAAUUCGAUAGUACUUACGUAUUUCAGUUAAUCAGUCAGUCAGUCAUUCAUCCCUUCAGUCCGUCAGUUCGUCAGUCAUUUCGCCCCCCCCCCCCUCAAUCCGUCAGUCUGUCGGUCCGUCGGUCCGUCAUCCCUUCAUGUAGUCAGUCAGGCUGUCAGUCUGUCAGGUGGCCUGAUAGGCAGGUAGUCAGUCAGUUGGUCUGCUCGUCAGUUGGUCAGCUCGUCAGUUCGUCAUUCCUUUUGUCCGUAUCUCAACUCGUCCUUCUGUUAGUCUUUCAGUCGCUAGAUCAGUCAUUCAGUCAGUCGGUCAAUUAAGCAGUGAGGCACCUAGUCACUUAUUCAUUCCUCCAAUCAUGCAUGUUUGCAUUCAGUCAGGCAACAAGUCAAUCUCAAACAAGAUUUGAUCUAUCUAUAUAAUAUACCAGUUUGACCGGAUAUAACCUGAAAUGUGCGGCCAGGAAUAAACAGUCAUACGGAUUGUAUUUCAGAUAUCCCCUGUUGCUGAGUAGAAUUUGUAAGGCCACUCCACGAAGGAAUCAAGACCGAGAGAAGCUCAAAAUGGCGCAAAGGAGAAUUGAAGAGCAGCUAAAUAAGAUCAACGCGGUAAGCGAACAAACAGAAGCCUGUGAUAUGAUUUAUUCCUCAUCACACCAACUUGACUCGCGGACCAAGUCCGAAGACCACUUUUAAAAGUUGUAGUUUAUGCGCUUAUUGUCUUGUAAUAGAGCUGGAUUGAAACAAAUCGAUUCAUGGCUUAUCAUAAUGUGAUUACAUAAACAUUUCGCCAUAAGAAAAUCUAAAAUAAGACGCGAUUACAUACAUAACUGAAUAAACGUCUGACAAAAAAGAGAAACUCAUCCAAAAAGGGAACUUGUUUCCUCACAUCUAUUUCAUUUUAAAAUAGGUCCACAAUCAGAAUUCACAUUCUCGCCGAAAAGGCAACAGAGUCUUGCUAGUGCAGUCCCGGACUGCUUCUUCCGGAGCGGGGGCUGUUUCUCGAAGGUUCCGGCAGCUUAUUGCCGCUGGUAGAAUUGUUCUGUUUUCAUUCAAGAUGGACGGGGAUACAAAAAUUUUGAAAUACAAUUAUGAAAAAACACUUUCAUUUAAAGAAACAGAAUAGACUUCUUUGGGUGCUAGAACCAGUUUCUCUCUUUUUGAAAUUAUAAUAUUAAAAUAUUGCUCCGGGUACGUUAAGUUACCGGGGCUUUCGAGUAACGGCCCCCACGGCCCCCCACGGCCCCCCACGGCCCCCCACGGCCCCCACGCCCCCCCACGGCCCCCACGGCCCCCCACGGCCCCCUACGGUCCCCCACUGCCCCGUAAACUCGUUCGGAUCAAUAUAUAUCAAUUUUCAUGAUGGUGAGUGAGGUCGCGUGGUCACAUGAUAAAAUCAUCGAUUCUUCUUUCUCUGCAGUUGAACACAGCUGUUGAAUCUCGACAAAAGCGAUAUCGGGCGAGUCAACAACUUGGCCGAUCCGACUCGCUAGAUAAAUUACAAAUGAAGAAAAUGGCGUCUGAUAUUCUUAACUGGACAAUGGAGGAAAUGCAGUUGCUUAUGCACGGUGUCUUCCAGGUGAAUUGACUCUCGCUAAUAAUCAAAAAGUAUUUUCUCCUUACGCUAUAAGUGCUUUAUUCCACAAACAGGUGUCGAGAACUGACAAACUCAUCAGUUAGAUGGUGCUAUCUUGAGGUAACACCAAAUCCUCUUUGGCAUUUGUAUUUAGAUAUUUAGUAUCUGGUGGGAGAAUCACCAAGUAGAUCAUGGGAGUUAAUGUCUCAUAAAUGAAGUAGGUACUUCAAAAGCUUGAAUCUCAUAGAUGAAAAACAAACGGGAAAGUAAAAAUUUUAUUCUAAGUGAUGUAAGUUAUGUUGGGACCUGUAAAAACAAACAUUUAUCCACACUACAUCCAAAUGUGUUCCACCUGGAUGCCGAGUUCAGUAAAAAAAAAAAACUUCCCUUGGAGAAUUCGUUCGUUGUACUUUCAACUGAUCGCGGAAAGUAAUAAUGAAAUGCAGCAAUAAAAUUUUAAUAUACCCUGUUAAAAAUGAAUCAUGUGAUUUCUUGGAGCUGAGCACAUAGCAUAUAGCACAAUUGUUCAUUUCCCUCGCGCAACUAUUUUUUUGCUCUCUCCCAGAUCACUAUACACGAGUUUGGCGCGAGCUGGAACAGGCGCAGUAGCAAGAAAGCCCUUUCAGUAUGCGCGCUGUUCUGCGUAAGAGGUCAUUCAGAGGUUUGUAUGAGUUAAAUCUCUAUCCCUUAAUUCACCUAAAGAUAUAUUUCCCUAAUCCCAGUCUUUUCACAUAGAAAUUGCGGGCUCGUGUCAUAUAUUUUAACAUCUUCAUUUCAGACCCUGCAUAGCAUUUUGGCUACCUAAGAAAACGUAGCUUGAAUUUUUUUAAGAUGAUCUUGGGUAAGGGGAUUAAACCUAUAAUCAUUUAUGGUGUCUCGGUCCCCAUGGUCUUCUAAUGAUUGCGGAAGAUACUGUGGCCAAAUGGUCUGUGAGCUAGACUCCGGAGGGGACAGACAUCCCAUCCAGGGGGGAUUAGUGAUAUUUCUAGUCACUUCAUGCUAAGGAAACCGGGAUAAGCUUUAGCUGGGUGGGAAACUUGGCUCAAGUACAGACUUAGCCUCUUUUAAACAAUUGUUCUUUCACCACGUCAAGGAAUUCACACAAAUUAGGAACGUGGUAGAAAACGAACAAAAAUAUUAGAAAAAACCCUUCUUUAAGGGUUCCUUAAAGUGACUCCCUCUCAGUCCCUUAUGAAUAGCUACCAUACCAUAUAAAGUGAGAGAUUUUGUACAAGAAGAAUUAGAACGAGAAGAGACUGGGAUAAGAGGAGACUGAGAUGAAUGAAGGUGUGGUCUCGUCCCAGCCUCUUUACGCCAUGGCACAACUGUGUUUUCACUCCCCCUCCUCGCUCGUAGAAUCGUGCGGGAAAAUUAAUAUCCAUUUAUCUGCUUCUUCACAGUUUGUGCGAAUUGACUCAGACGAUGAGGGGGAGUGUGAGGAUCUUUUGUUCCCCGGGGAGGGGGAGGUGACCGAUGCUGCUGUGGUUCUCCUUAGAAAGAAGAUGAGUGGAAAGUACACUUUAUUUAAGGUAUGAAGCAAUUUUGAGAGCAAGUGAAACACUUUUAUUUUUCAGGAAUAUAACCAUGUCCUAAAGACCCUUCUAGGGUUCAGAAAGGUGCUCCUUUAGGGUCCUUGGUUGUAGGUUUAAUUUGUUUACCAGAGUGACUCAUGACAACACAGUUAAGCCAAUCACUGUGAAGAUAACUUUUCACAAUCAGCCAAUCAGCAUCGCUAUCAACCGAGACAAGUUUGACCCUUGCCCAAAUUUUCCCGCGCUUCUCAAGAAGGCUACGACUCCCCUCUGUAAUAACUGAGAGGUUUAACUAUGAUAUUUGCAGGAUUUAGCUACGUUUUCCAGCUCCAUUCUUCUGUUGAUUUUUUUAAACAGUGCUGAUUGAUUUUUUUUUGUGAUUUUUUCUGCCUGCAGGAACCAUUGUUUCUGGAUAUGUGCGUGAUUUACAAGGAAUGUGGUAAGUUCAAACCGUAGGUCGGCAAUGCGUAGGCCUGCUUUGAGAAUGAUUCGCAUAACUACCAUCGUUUAUUCCGGUUUGUGAAGCAUUGACCAGAGAAAUUGUAAAUUUUGAUCACUCAACCGUCUUUCGUAAUGUUUCCAUGUCAGUUUUCCGGGACCCAUAAAUGAUCCUUAUUGAAAGGAGAGAUGAUUCGUGAGAGAAUGGACACGAUACUCACUCAGGGCUCGAACCCAUUCCUUUCAACAUGGAGUUUAGCGCGUUAACCUUUGCCAUAACUCAUAUCCCACGCAUUAAAUUAUACGAAUACGUUAACGAUGCACUUUUCAAUUGAGUGUCGAAAAUGAUCCAAUAUUGUGUUGGUUUUUCCUUACUUAUACGGUUGGUACAGAAAACUCGCGACACUGUCUCAAUCAAUCAGAUGCAAAACUUGACCCAAUCAUGACUUGGCCGCCUGCGCUUUCUCGCGCUUUAGACGGUUUGCUCGUUUUUUCUUUCAGUUCUGAGAGUAUUUUCUCAUAUUCUGCUUGGCCGUUGAGAUAACUUUGGUUUCUGUUUGGCAACACUCAAUCGUUCUCUCACAAACAUCGAUUCAUAAUUAAAAACUAACUGGCUGCAAAUAUCUCUUUAUUGAUGCAGAGCUAAAGGACACAUUCGAAAUUGUGUUGAUGGGUAAAGAGACAUACAGAUUCAGAGCUUCUUCAAGCAGAGAUUAUCGGAGAUGGCUUAAAUACCUCAGACUGGAAUCCAAAGAACUUGGCUCCUGGAAGAGGAGGCGAAAUGGUCUUCCCAAUAUCAUGAUUAAAAAUCUUUAGCAAAGACGUAACUCUGUGAAAUAGUUACAUGUCGUUCACAGAAUACAGUCGACAAUAUGAAAGCCUUCAUCAAACGUAUAUUUAUAAGUGAAUCCAUACGUGUGUCAUCGUCUGUAUAGGAAAAUGUUUACGAUUAAAAUGAAUGUGAAAAUUGUUAACAAUGAUCUGUUUGACAUUCACUAUUUGUUUUGGUCGUUUCAGUAAGCCA